AUGGGGGGGCAGAAGUCUGACCUUCCGGCCCUGGGACCACCAGCUGGGAUGCAGCCUUUACGUGUGGACCUCAGGACGCUUCUUCUCUUGGUUCUGCUUCCUUGUCCAGGUGCAUGGCAAUUCCAUGUGAUAGGACCAAGAGCACCAGUCAUUGCCUUGGUUGGGGAAGAGGCUGUGUUGUCCUGCCAGCUGAACCCAUCAAUGGAUGCUCAGAACAUGGAAGUGAGAUGGUACCGGACUGAUCCUUUUGGCCUGGUGCAUCGUUAUGGUACUUCCUGGAAUAAAAUAGAGGAGCAGAAGCCAGAGUACCAAGGGAGGACAGAGUUCUUGAAGGAGAAUAUUACCAAAGGGCAUGUUGCCCUAAGGAUCCAUCGCAUCCAACCUUCAGAUGGAGGGGAGUAUGUAUGUUUCUUUGAAAGCUCCACAUACUAUAAUGAUGCAACAUUCCAAGUGCUGGUCACAGGUAAACUUCGGGAAGAUUAUGGUAAACUUCAGGAAGAGAAUGGGUUUGCUCUGGAGGACAAAUCUGCAUUAGCUUCAGAUUAUGUGGGAGGUUUCCAAGACUGUAGGGAAGCAGUAACAGAUGAACCUAGUGGUAUUGAAGAAACAGGUAGAUCAAAGAGAGGACUAGCAUGUGAAAAGCAGGAAGCCCAAGAAGCACUAAAUCUGGGGGAGCCAAGACUGACAACAUGUUCUUCCAUAGAAAAUGUUACCCUGGAUCCAGAGACAGCUCACCGAUAUCUCCAAGUUGCUGAGGACAAUAAAAGUGUGAAAGGAGGUGAUACCUUGCAAGAACUGCCCAAAAGUAGGCAGCGGUUUGAUAACCUAGUCUGUGUAUUAGGUCAGCAAUUUUUUUCCAAAGGUAGACACUACUGGGAAGUGAAUGUGAAAAAGAAAAUAAAAUGGACUCUGGGCAUUUGUAAACAUUCUAUCCGCAGACAAGGAGAAAUCAUCGUGUCCCCAGAAACUGGGUUCUGGACACUGUGUUUGAAUAGAAGUAAGGACUACCAAGCUCUUGCAAAUCCACGGAUAACACUCCACCUUGAGGAAUCUCCUGAGAUUAUUGGAAUCUUCCUGGACUAUGAGGCUGGGAGGGUGUCCUUUUAUAACGUGACCAACCUGACUCACAUCUACACUUACAAAGAGUGCUUCACUGAGGCCUUGAGACCAUACUUUUAUCCUGGCCCCCUCUACAAUGGUCAAAAUGAACACCCUCUGACCAUCCUGUCAUUAAGGUACAUAAACAAGCCAGGAAGAAGAUGUUCUGUGUGA